AAGUAAUAUUAUUGCAAAUUAGAGUAUUUUUUAUGUCAAAAUAAUGAAUUACGAUUUGAACUUGAUUUUAUUUUUAAUAGGAAUUCAAUUGAUUCAACAGAUUUUAACAACAAAGCGACAAGAAAGACAACUAAAAUUUAUUCAAAUGAUAAAUGAAAUACCAACACUUAAACCAGUUAUAAUUUCAAAUGUUGAAGAAUUAGUCAACUCUAUUAAAACUAACAAUGAUUUUAAUUUGACAACAAUAGAUGCUGUUGCUGAAAAGCUAAGGGAAAUGAGAUGUUCGUACUCUUUGAUAGCCCUUUAUCUAAUAUACCACGUUGAAUUAGACAAACACGAUGAGCACCAGUUGGAUUACGUUCAACUAGAAAUAUUCAGUGACAUUUUACAUCGUAUUCUUUCAUUAUUUUAUUACAUACUAAUUCCUAGUCUUCGAGGUAUCUGGAUGACUUCAAUAACUAUUGAUGCCUUACAUGCUGGUAAAAUAUCAUAUAAUGAAAUUGAUUUUUAUAAAAUUAAGAAUGAAUUAUUUACAUAUUGUUCUAAAUGUUACAAAACUGGUCAUUUACUAGAAGAACCUUUAUAUUUGUUUGAUUAUGAAAAUAAAGGAUAUACAGUAAAGUAUGUUAAUAAAUUAUCUGAUAUGUUGAUGUUGUCACAAUAUGCUUACCCUGAAUCAUUUGACAAUUUCUAUAAAUUUGCACAAAAAACAAAAAUUUUCAGCUUUAUAUGGAAAGAUUCUCACAAUAAGGAUACAUUCAAACCACCUAUUACUCAUUAUGAUAGUUAUUUUCUUGACAGAUCUUUCAAUGAUUUGAUGAGCAAUUGGAAAAACAAUUAUUAUAGUUUGAUUCCAUAUACAAAUACUAUAAGAAAUAAUGUGUUACUAGUUAUGUACUAUUCUAUUGUACGACAUUUUGUUUAUAUUAUACAGAUAUAUCAUCAAGUUUAUAAUAAAAAACAUUGUAAUAAAAAUGAAUUUUUGGAAUUGUUACAAAUUCCAUUGGAGAUUUUGUUAAAAAUACGUAAAUUUAUUAAUUAUGAUACAAAAAAUUUUCAAGAAGUUAUAGAUAUGUUGUCUACUAAUGGCAGUUAUAUUGAUAUAGAGAAUAUAGAAAAUUCAACUAAAGGAAUGUUGAAAAUAUACGAUUGUUUUAGUUACAAAUUCAAUUCAGUUUAUUUAGAUUAUACUAAAAUGAAAGACUCUUUAGUUAUACAAAUUCCAUUUGAUUUCUCAGAAACUAAAAAUCAGUUGCAACGGUUCGCUAAUGAUAUGAAGGACUACUAUUUGAAUGUAAAGCGUGAGAUGUCACCAGUUAAAUUUAACAUAUUAAAAGGUUUUAACGCGAAAUAAUAAUUACCUGCUUUCCUAUUUAUUAAUAAGAUAUUUAAUUAUCAUAAAUCUAUAAAUAAUGUAAUUCUAUAUUAUAAUUAUUACCUUCAAUAAAUUUCAAAAAUAUCUUUUCUUAUAAUAUUUCAACUUUUUAUUUAUAUAACAGUUAAUAUUGUACAACAUUUUUGUAUAAUUAUUUUAAAAAAUAAUUUUUUUUUAAAUAAAUUUUAGGCAACCUUUUAUAUGCCUGUUUUAUUAAAUUAAAACCACUAACAUUUAAAUUAUCGAGUCUAAAUGACUAUGUUUUUUUCUCCCUAGAGUCUGCUAGUAAGCAAAGGUUAUACUCUUCUUCACCACCCCAACAAUAGUCAAUCCCAUGUUUUAUUUUUUCACCUGAUAAAUGUAUAUACUUUAAUAUACUUAUAUAUACUUAUGUAAACCUAUAUACUUUAGAAAGUUAAUUUAAGUAAUAAUUAAAAAAAAAAUUUACUUAAGUAUUAUAAUUUUUGAAAAAAUCGUGCAUGAUGUAUGGGCGAAUUGUAAUAUUUACUUUACUUAAUAAUAAUAAUACUUAAUUAAUAAAAUAAAUUUAAAAAAACGGUAGUACAGUGUGGUCGAGGCACAGUGUGGACGAGGCAUAGAUGGGACAAGUAUAGAUGAUAUCUGACAGUGAUUAAAAUCACUAUCAUAAGAAACGCUUCGAUGCAAAUCUGUAGAUAGUGUUUAACUCUAAGAAAUUGGUGGAUGAUUACAAAAGCAACAUCAACCCUUAUUUCUUUAAU